AGAGUUUGAUACCGGAAGUAUCCAGACGUAUCAUGUGACUUGCUGUUGCUUGCAUUCUUGCUUGAGGAGCUAUGUCAAAAUAAUCUAGUUUUUGAAGAUCUCGGUUCAUCCCGGAGGACCUGUAAAGAUGCAGAACAUGAUAAACACAGUGAAGGGCACGGCCCUCGGUGUGGCGGAGUUUCUGACACCUGUGUUAAAGGAAUCUAAAUUUAAAGAGACUGGAGUCAUCACACCAGAGGAGUUUGUAGCUGCUGGAGAUCACCUGGUUCAUCACUGUCCCACGUGGAAAUGGGCCAGCGGGGAGGAAGUGAAGGUGAAGCCGUAUUUGCCUCCGGAUAAACAGUUUCUCCUGACACGUAACGUUCCCUGUUACAAACGCUGUAAACAGAUGGAGUACUCAGAUGAGCUGGAGGCCAUUAUAGAGGAGGACGACGGAGACGGGGGCUGGGUGGACACGUACCACAACUCAGGUGUUUUAGGAGUCACAGACGCCGUACGAGAAAUCUCCCUGGACAACAGCAAGGAUACCAACAUGAACGCCACACCUGCGGCAGGCUGUGAUGACGACGACGAGGACGAUGAAGAAGAAGGAGAAGCAGCAGAUAUGGAAGAGUACGAGGAGAGCGGCCUGUUGGAGACAGACGAGGCGACGCUGGACACAAGCAAGAUGGUGGAAGCUAAAUCCAAAGCUGAUCCAGGGUGCGAAGACGCCAUUCUUCAGACCAGGACGUACGACCUGUACAUCACUUAUGAUAAAUACUACCAGACCCCUCGACUCUGGCUGUUCGGAUACGAUGAAGACAGACAACCGCUGACGGUGGAACAGAUGUACGAGGACAUCAGUCAGGACCACGUGAAGAAGACGGUUACCAUCGAGAACCACCCUCACCUGCCUCCACCUGCCAUGUGCUCCGUGCACCCCUGCAGACACGCCGAAGUGAUGAAGAAGAUCAUCGAGACCGUGGCGGAGGGAGGAGGAGAGCUCGGAGUGCACAUGUAUCUUCUUAUUUUUCUCAAGUUCGUCCAGGCCGUCAUUCCCACAAUAGAGUACGACUACACGCGACACUUCACCAUGUAGCUGCCUCUGCUGACCGCAGGAACACAGGGAGGAUCGGCUCCUCGGCUCCUCCGUGACGAGACUUCAUCUGUUCUGAUCAUUACCGGUUUGUGUUUCUCUGAGACGCUCUGCGAGGGCGCAGGACACGGGGAGGGUCGACCGUCUGUAGAGGAAGAAUCUGACGUGUUGGGAUGAAGUCAGGUUAGAUUAUCAGAGUAUUAAUGCCGCAUUGAAGAACCAAAAUCUGAAGAAUACAGUUAAAACAUUACAAGAAUAAAGUUGUGGCUUCAUCAGAGUAUUUAAAGAACAAGGAGCAUCCUGUGAAGUUAGACUUUAGCUGACUGUACUGCAGGUUUCACACAGAAUAAAUAAUCUGACUUUAUUCUCUCAUGAUAUCGAUCAUUUAUUCUCAAAGUGUCAGAACUUCAGAGAUGUAUAAACUUUACUCUGUGACUCUAAACUCGCAAUAUUAAGACUUAAUUCUAGAACUACUUUAGACUUUAGAAAAUACAACUUAAUACUCUUCAUUUUUAGAAUAUUAUGACUUUAUUCUCAUCACACUUUUUCCUCAAAGUGACUUUAUUAUCUUACAAUUUUUUGACUUCAUUUUCUAAAUGUGAAGUCUUUAUUUUCAUAACUUUAUCCCCUUACCAAUUUUUGCUUUGUAGCAUUAAACUUAUUUUUAAUAUUCUCUAAAAAUGACUUUUUUCUCUUCCAUCAUAAAUCUUACAACAUUCAUUUUUUGUCUGAUCUUAUCUUUUACCAUUACAACUUUUUUCUUUUAUAAGAACUACAGGUCUAUUAUUUCCUGUCUUAUCCUCUUUAUGGUGGGACUUUUAUUUUGAAAUUUUGCAGCUUGUCUUCUAAUAUCAAAACCAUAAAUAACAUAGCUCACUUUUAUUAUUGCUAAUGUGGCUCAGACAUGUUUUAUCUUUUAGUUUCAGCAGCAGGAAGUCAAAAUGUAAGAAAUAAUCCCCUGACUAAUGGAUGAGCUGGCUAUCAGUUUCCUACUACUUCCAGUCUUUGUGCUAAGCUAACCUAACCGCCUCUUUAAUAAAUCUCUGCUCUGGAUUAAAGUAAUCUGACCUCAGACGAGGCUUCCUCCCAGACGUCACACUCUUCCUCUUUGCAGGUUUUCAUGUUGUAACCACAAAAAAGGCGAGCGCCACUAACUUCCUGUUCAGAAAACUGGAACAAAAACUCACUUCAGUCCACCUAAAGCAUCUCCUCUCUCACUGAGGAUUAACUGUAUCAGACAGUUAUGAGUAGACACCAUGAAGACUACGAGUCCCACAUUCGUCUUCAGGUUUCCAAGAAGGUCUCGGACUCUUCUGCUGCUCCAUACCCUGAGUGAAACAAAAUCCAACAUCCAAUUCAAAUGAUUCAAAUGAUCACUGGUGUCCUCUUGAUGCCUGCCCCGCUUUAAUCACACAGACAUCCCACUUAACUGGAAAUCUUAAAAUCACUUAAAAAGACUUCAAAUCACUUACAUUUUUCUGGAGGUUUCAGGAAACUCAAAGUGCGACUUUACAGUACAGCUCUCGUACACGGUUCAUUUAUCUGACAGCUCCUGCAGGAACCAAACAGAAACUACCUGGGCUGGGAAACCAAAACAAAGAGUCCGCCCUUGCUCUGCACUUUUGCAUUUUACUGCCUUUCAUCUCUCAAACUUUACUUCACAUCAUCAUCAUCAUCUUCAGAUGAGGACAGUCUCUCUCUCUGUUCCUGCAGCAGCGUGUAGAGAAGCUCCUCGGUCAUUAACAUUAACAAACGUAAGCCACACUUAAUUUGAAAAUAUCUUCACAUCGGUAAAAAAUUCAACACCCUGCAUCCCAACUUAAAUCUAAAAAUGUGACGCCUCUUCCAAAUGAAAUGUUUCCAAAUUGUUCUGCCUCAAAAUAUUCAGACUUUUUUCCUUUUUCUGAGUUUAUUCUCAAAACACAAGCACAUAAUGACUUUGUUCCUAUGAGAUUACAGCUUUGUUCUCAUGCCUUCAUUCUGGUAAUCUCAGAUUUGAUGCGGCCCUACACUCUGUGUGAUCUUUAAUAAUUAUAAUAAGUGUAUUUGGAUACGGACAGCCUCACAUGGGAACAUGUUUCCUCGCUGAUGUCGCUCCCUGUCUCACUCUGCUGCUCAUCAUCUCUUCUCAUUCAGACGCACUUUGCAGGCCUCCUGGCUGCAGCUCCAUAUCAUGAAUCAGCUCUUUAUGCCGGUUUGUCUUAACGCUUUCUCUCUGAAUGUCUCCAUGACCAACUCCUUCAUUCACCACGCGUCUGGUUUACAUUAAGUGUUUAUUUCUUGAACAGAUCUCCUCUCCUCUGCAGCUGCUGUAAAAAAAAGAACCUUGAGACCGUUUAUUUCUUCCAGUUUUGAUGUUUCUCUUCCUGUUGUGUCUGAAGCUCCGUGAAGGUCGGCCUGUCGGCUUGAUUGUGACGCAAAACAAACUUCUUUUGACGUCAGGAGCCGCUCCGUGUACUUCAACAAACCCUUCAGUGAAUCUCUGCUCUGUGUCGUUUGGAUAGUGUAUUUUCUGACAGUACUCACACAACUAAAUGAAAUACCUGCUACAGUAAUACUCUAUGCUUUACUUUCCUCGUCUGUUGAUUGGAUCAAUAUUCACUACUGCCUGUUCUGAUGUAACUUGUUGGGUAGAUAUUUUAAAGAAAUGAACAUUCAUCAAUAAAGAGUUUCCCAAAUAUUACAAAUAAA